UUUCCCUACGACCACGCCCAUCUCACGUUUGGCCACGCCUCCAGUAUUGUCUCCCUUACGUAGACACGCCCCUUCCAUACAGACCACGCCCCUAUCCGAAUAAGCCACGCCCCCUCGCUCAACGACUACGCCCCCUUCCGCGUGUCCUCGCCUUCUGUUCGGCUAGACCUCUCCCCUUCUCACGUGACCAUGCUUCCUUCAAAUGGGGCGGAGGGGGACGGAGGAGGGCGGGGAUUAGCAAGGGGGCGGGGCCAGGGGUCUGCCGUGGAGUGGGGGCUUGGCAAGUGGGCGGGGCUUGGUGAGGGACUGACGGGCGGGGCUUAUGCAGGGGGCGUGGUCUGAUGGGUCUAAUUGAAACAAGCGUGGGUUACCCAGGGGGCGGUGUCCGGGGCGGGGAGUCAGUCCCGGUGCCGGUGAGCGCUGGGUGCCGCUGCCCGCUGCCGCUCGCCCCGCGAUGGAGUCCCCGACCGGCACCGAGAGCGCCCGCCUCGUCAGCCCGCGGGGCGGCCCCGCCGGCGGCAGCCUGCGCCUCGACAGGUACAGCCGGCACCGCAUCCCGGCUCCUCCGGCAUCGGCACCUCCAUCACCAGCACCCCCAGCACCGGCACCUGUGUCAUCGUCUGUUUGUAGGUCCCCGCGAUGCCCUGGUCCCGCCGUCCCCUCCGGGUCCUCGGUGCCACUGCAGCCCCCUCGCCCCCAGCCCCGGCCCGGGGGGGCUGCGGGCCCACCGGCAGCUGAGCAUCGCCUGCGCCGUCUGCUGCACCUUCAUGGUCGGGGAGGUGAUCGGCGGGUACCUGGCACACAGCCUGGCCAUCAUGACGGAUGCGGCUCAUCUGCUGACCGACGUGGGAAGCAUGGCUGUCAGCCUCUUCUCCCUCCGCGUCUCUACCCACGCGCCCACCAAGACCAUGAGCUUCGGCUGGCACCGCUCUGAGACGCUGGGAGCGCUGGCCUCCGUCCUCUCCAUCUGGGUGGUCACCGGGGCCCUCGUUUACCUGGCAGCCGCCCGCAUCAUCAGCAAUGACUACGAGAUCGAGGCGCGUGCCAUGCUGGCUACCUCGGCCGGCGCCGUCGGCGUCAACCUGGUCAUGGCACACAUCCUGCACCAGACCCCCACGGGCUGUGGUGUUGGGGGCCCCCGCAGCAGGGACUGCAGGCUCCCCCCUGCCCAGCCCGGCAGCGCCAGCGUCCGCGCCGCCUUCGUCCAUGUCGUGGGUGACCUCCUGCAGAGCCUGGGCGUCCUCACUGCUGCCGCCAUCAUCUAUGCCAAGCCCCAGUACAAGAUCGCAGACCCCAUCAGCACACUCUUCUUCUCCGUCUUCGUCCUCGGCUCCACCAUCACCAUCCUCAGGGACGUCCUCAGGGUCCUCAUGGAAGGUGGGCAGCAGGGAGGCACAAAGGCUGUAGGAGGGGCACCGCGGGGCCUCGAGUUUGACACAGUGAAGGCGACGCUGCUGGGAGUGAGCGGAGUACAGAGCACCCAUGAUCUGCACCUCUGGGCACUGACGCUGGGCCAGCCCGCCCUGUCGGCACAUGUGGCCAUCGAUGCCGGCGCAGACCCCGAGUUGGUGCUGCGCGACGCCACGGCGCAGUUGCGGGCCCGGUUUGGGGUCACCUGCUGCACGCUGCAGGUGGAGCGGUACCAGGAGGAGAUGGGGGGCUGCCCGCACUGCCGUGACCCCUGUGCCUGAGCCCACUCUAUGGCCGGGCUCCCCAAUCCCGCUGGCAAGAGGGAGCGGUGCCCAUGCAGGGGCUCCAAAGAGGGGGGGUCCAGCACCAAAGAGGGGAGUUCAGGCCCGGGGGGGGGGGGUCUUGUGCCCCCUCAGCCCCAGGGGCCGCCUCACUGCCCCGCGUGUCACUGCCGUCCGAGCUGCUGCUGCUGCUGCUGCACCCGCUGGCACGCAGGGAGAGCCCAGAGCGCAGCUCCCAGCACCAGAUCCCCUGGCCUGGCUCCCUGCUCCAGCCACUGUGUGCCCGUGUCUGUUGUGCCCAUGGAGCAUCUGUCUGUCUGUCUUGAGUGUCUCCCUGUCCAAGUGGCCGUUUGUCCAUCCGAGUGGCCGUCUGUCUGUCUCUGUGUGCAAGGAAGCUGGUGAGCCCCCAAUAAACACAUUUGAGAGCAGCAGUGCAGGCACCAAAGAGGGGAUUGA